AUGAAUCGAGAAACACACAAGAGACCACGUGGAGUAGGCUGCCUGGAGUGGUACUCCAAUCUCACGGAAUGGAUUGAGAGAUCGGGCGGCACGGCGCCGGCAACGAUCGGAUUGACACCCGAGCGAGAGCUCCAGGUCCUGCAAGACCCGAUAGCUGCCGGUACGGUAGUCUUUACGGUUCCGUGGGAAUGCCUCGUUACCGCAGGGCGUAUGCGAGAACUGCGGGACGCCACGGUAUGGCUCAGCGCAGCGAUUCAGAGUCACGAUAGAAAUUUGCGGUCGACCAAGGAUGACACCGCGUCAGCUUUGUACAAUUCUGUUCAAGACUGUGCCGUUGCCAUGUAUUUGGCCUCCCGACCCGCUGAGUAUCGUGAAUAUUUGGCCAGUCUCCCGUCUGAUUCCAAUUUUUUGCCACGUCAAUGGUCCGAGUCGGAAUUGAAGGCCCUUCGAGGCUCGCCGCUUCUGAUACGGGUCCGCAAGGCACGCGAAGGGAUUCAGAAAGAUUACAACCUGAUCCGUGAGGCAUGGAAGGAAAUACACUCGUCCCAUUCCCCUUCUACAACCGCGAACUUUCCCAAGUUGGAGGAGUUUAGUAGCGCCAUGGCAGUUGUUUCGAGUCGGGCGUUUUCAGGAAUGGCCGGUUUCGAGACCAAAGGUGGAGCCGUCAACGAUACGACCAUGAUUCCAUUGCUCGAUUUGUGCAAUCACCAUCGCGGAAGGUGUGUCACCAAAAACGUAUCUUACCGAUUUAAGGACGGCACCGUCAUGGUGAAAGCGGUAACCGACAUCGCCAUCGGCGACACUCUCAAAAUCACCUACGGGGCUCAAGGAAACGCACAACUUUUUUUAAAUUACGGCUUCUGUGUGGCAGACAAUUGGGAACCGGAUGGUUCCUCCAAUGAUGCCUUAGAGUUUUUUCGCGAUGCUAAUGAUCUUGAACCGGUCGCGUUUCUCCGAACGGGCCCCAAGUCAUACACGUACGGGCCUUUUGUCAAGGCCUUGGAAAGCUUUCGCGAUGACAACGCAGAAAGGAAAACUGAACAUGACUUUGUCGAUCUGGAGGCUUUCUUGGACGAGUGCGACGAUGAAGGUGUGGAUGAGGAAUUUGACUGUUGCUUCGUGGAAAAUGACGGUGUAUGUGUAGAGGGCGAAGAUACAAAGAGCAGCGACAUAAAACUACUCGAAGAUUUCCGAACACGUCUUCUGGCGAUGCAGGACGAUUAUGUAUUAAAUGAGAGUUCACAGACGCCUUUUGCGACUACUUUGAUUCAGUCUGAAUUGCGGAUCAUCGAUUUUUUUCUCCGAGCAGUUGUCGCCAUUGAAAAGAGGCUUGACGUUCAGGACAUUCAGCCUCUACAAUCGACAAUAGCUCUGAAAUUCAUCGAUGAAUCGCGCGCUCGAAAGCAAGUCGACGAGCUAGCUAAAGUGUUUAUGCAGAUACGUCACUCAGGAGGGUUGCCUUCUUAG